ACCACAAUGGCGCCCCCCUCGCCCCGCCCCCUCCUCCGCCGCCCGCCCCCUGCUGGCUGGCUGCUAUAAAAGGGCCGGUACCUCGCACGCUAACGCUUCCGCAUCGGACAAACAUCCCGACGUCCUCCCAGCGCAGAACGCUUCCAGACAUGGCAAAAGUUUUCAAGAAGACGAGCGGCAAUGGCGGCCUCACGCUCUACCUGGGAAAGAGAGACUACGUGGACCACGUCAGCAGCGUGGAGACACUCGACGGCGUCGUCAAGUUGGACACCUCGAACUUCGGAGACAGAAAAGUGUUCGUGCAGCUUUCGUGCGCCUUCCGCUACGGCAGCGUAGACCUGGACGUGAUGGGCUUGUGCUUCCGCAAGGACAUCUGGAUCCAGCACGUUCAGAUCUACCCGGACGACCACAAGCCGGCGCUCAGCGACAUGCACGACACGCUCGUGAAGAAGGCGGGAGAGGAUGCCCGCGCCUUCACCUUCCAAAUUCCCAACAACCUCCCGUGUUCCGUGUCGCUGCAGCCGGGCCCUGACGACAACGGGAAGGCUUGCGGUGUGGACUUUGAGGUGAAGACCUACCUCGCCAACAACAAGUGCAACCCCGACGAAAAGAUCGAGAAGAAGGACACGGCGCGCCUCAUCGUGCGGAAAAUCCAGUACGCGCCGUCUGAGGUGAGCGCCGGGCCCAAGGCGGAAAUCUGCAAGAGCUUCAUGAUGUCGGACAAGCCCGUGCACCUGGAGGUGUCUCUGGAGAAAGACCUCUACUUCCACGGCGAACCCAUCCCCGUCCAGUUCAAGAUCAACAACGAGAGCAACAAAACGGUGAAGAAGAUUCAGAUUUCGGUGGACCAAACCACCGACAUCGUCCUCUACUCGGCUGACAAGUACACCAAGUGCGUCUUCUCCAAGGAGUUCGGCGAGACGGUGGAGGCCGGCGGAACCUUGGAGAACUCGCUGAUCAUCGUGCCGCUGCUGGCCGACAACACGGAGAAGCGAGGCCUGGCGCUGGACGGACGCCUCAAGGACGAGGACACCAACCUGGCCUCCUCCGCCAUGUUGCGCCCGGGUGUUGAGAAGGAAGUUCUGGGGAUUCUGGUGUCCUACAAGAUCAAAGUCAACCUGAUGGUGGCCGGAGGAGGCCUGCUGGGAGGACUCACUUCCAGCGACGUCACCGCCGAGGUGCCGCUCGUGCUCAUGCACCCCAAACCGGAAGGUGACGUCACACGCGCGCAUUUACCGUCCCGUCAAAAUAAACCGCUGGCGACAAAGAGUAAAGGCUGCGCUUCCGUAGAGGACGUCGGCCCGCGGGUGCACAGAAACGCAGGCGGGAAGCGAUGUCACGCGGAGAGAAGAAAUCCCCCCAGGGAGCAACAACUGAGGAAUGCACGUGUACAAACGCACACAAGUGUGACUCACGAUUCUUUUCAUGCGUACUCUCUUCCUUUCACUGUAUGUUUCUGCCUGGUCUUGUCAAAUUAAACAUUUCAACAUGU